AUGGAUAACAGGGAGAAUCUGUGGACUAGGCGCUCCAACACCAGCAAGCUCUCCCUCUCCAUGUCACAUUCCGAAAACAGCAGCGAAAAGUCCGAGCCGCACCAACGUACCGUCUCUGCCACUAAACGCUUUGGUGGCGAUUCGUCCCACGGUGGUCGAAACCCUUUCAACGCCAUAUCGCCCUUGACACCGGGUGGCUUAGCAUCGCCCACUACCGGGGGCUCCUCUGCGUUUGGGCUGGGCUCGGGCGCAUUCGCUUCCUUUGGGUCGGCUGCUAAGACGCCCAAGACGCCUGGCACUGCUUUUGACUUCAAAGCGGCCGCCAUGUCAUCUCCUUCGCCCGCGACACCCUCGGACAAAAAAGAAAAGCCUGUGAGCAAGGUGGUCAACAGCAUACGCAAGGAAUCAAUAUCUACGGCCUCGAUACCGGAAAACCCAUCGACUCCAUCUGCGCCGCUGGAUUUCAAUGCGCCAUGGCCGCUCAAGUACACUUGGGCAGUAUGGUACCGCCCACCUACGGCCAAGAACGUCGAUUACGAGAAAUCAAUCGUGCCUCUCUGUAAAUUCAGUACAGCGCAAGAGUUCUGGAAAGUCUUCUCGCACCUGAAGCGUCCCUCGAGUCUACCCUCCGUCUCAGAUUACCACGUGUUCAAGCAAGGCAUACGGCCGGUAUGGGAGGACGACGAGAACAAGCGGGGUGGGAAGUGGAUUAUGCGUCUGAAAAAGGGCGUAGCGGACCGCUACUGGGAGGACCUUUUAUUAGCACUUGUCGGCGAUCAAUUCCUGGAUGCUGGUGAGGAGUUUUGCGGCUUUGUUCUAAGCGUUCGAAGUGGCGAGGAUGUUUUCAGCAUCUGGACGAAGAGCGAUGGUGUAAAAAAUGUCAAGAUACGAGACACGAUCAGGCGGGUCCUCAAAUUGCCGGAAGGGACCAAUAUCGUAUGGCGGAGUCACGACGAUAGUAUCGCUCAGAGAUCGGCCAUCGACCAGGCUCGCCACGAAAAGAGUCAGCACGAAAAGCGGAGGGUAGUCUCUACAGAUGAGUCACGGGAGAAAUCGACAGGGGGCUCUUAG